GUGAACCAACUCCAAUCUCUAUAAUUUGAAAGGAAGAAAAACAGAGGUGUGAAGGAUACUUCAUCACCCUCUAUCUCCAUUUUUCUCCAUUAAUAAGGAAAAACAAACAGAGUGAGGGAGAUAUCUACCCCUCCUUCUCCCCCUACUCCUCCUCCAAAUCCACCGAUCCAAACAGGGGAUAAUUCUUUUUUCUUUCCUUUUUUUAAUUGGAGAAGCUGCCUUCUUACUGCCUGAGAAAAAGGCUUCAAAUUCCCAGAUUCUGAGUCAUUUUGUUGGGGUAGGUGAGAGGAAACAAGGGUUCAGGUAUUUUGUUAUAUAUAAAUUGCGGCGGCUCAAUUCAGAGAUUUUUGUUGUUGGGUUCUGCUUUGUUUGCUGGGGAAAGGGAUUUUUAGAGAUGGGUUCUUCCGGAAUGCUUGCUAGAAGAGUUGUGGAGACUGAGAUGCCAAUCAUGGUUAAGAUGCAAGAAUUGAUCCGAGGAGCCAAAAAUGCCAUGUCACUGGCUCAGGGGGUCGUCUAUUGGCAACCACCUAAACAAGCAUUGGAUAAGGUCAAAGAACUUGUUUGGGAACCUUCAAUUAGUCGUUAUGGUCUUGAUGAAGGCCUGCCUCAACUUAGGGAGGCAUUGAAAAAAAAGUUAUGUCUGGAAAACAAGCUGCACAAGUCUUCAGUGAUGGUUACUGCAGGUGCCAAUCAGGCAUUUGUGAAUCUUGUUCUCACAUUAUGUGAUGCUGGGGAUUCAGUAGUCAUGUUUGCCCCAUACUAUUUCAAUGCCUACAUGUCCUUCCAGAUGACAGGGGUCACUAACAUACUGGUGGGUCCUGGUGACCCCACGACUCUUCAUCCUGAUGCAGACUGGUUAGAGAAGACACUGUCAGAAACUAAGCCUGUUCCAAAGCUUGUAACUGUUGUUAACCCAGGCAAUCCAUCUGGUACCUUCAUUCCAGAUCCUCUACUUAAGAGGAUUUCAGAUCUCUGCCAAGAUGCUGGGUGCUGGCUAGUGAUUGACAAUACAUAUGAGUAUUUUAUGUAUGAUGGUCGGAAGCACACUUGUGUUGAAGGCAACCAUAUUGUGAACAUCUUUUCAUUUUCUAAAGCAUAUGGAAUGAUGGGAUGGAGGGUGGGAUAUAUAGCAUACCCAUCAGAAGUAGAGGGCCUUGGAGCUCAACUGCUGAAAGUUCAAGACAACAUUCCAAUCUGUGCCUCAAUAAUUUCGCAGCACCUUGCCCUAUAUUCUUUAGAAGUGGGACCUGAGUGGGUCACUGAGCGAGUGAGGGAUCUUGUCAAGAACCGGGAAAUUGUUAUAGAAGCGCUGUCACCCUUGGGAGAAGGUGCUGUGCAAGGAGGGGAGGGUGCAAUCUACUUAUGGGCUAAGCUUCCAGACCAGUAUGUUGAUGAUUUUAAGGUGGUUAGCUGGCUUGCUCACAAGCAUGGGGUGGCUGUGAUCCCAGGAGGUGCAUGUGGGUGUCCAGGACAUCUGAGAAUUGCCUUUGGAGGGUUGACAGAGGAUGACACCAAGGCAGCUGCAGAGAGGCUUAACAGAGGAUUAGAAGAAUUGGUGAAAGAUGGAAUGUUGGAGUAACAACUUUUCACAUUUAAUUGAGAUGCAAAAACAGAGUGUGGAAAUCUAUUCCCCAAUUUAAAUUGUGAACGGGUUUUAUUUGAAUAAUUGGAGGCAGCGCAUGCAGAAUGUUGCCUGAAAUUAGAAAGCAACAGUUUCCGUGAUGUAUAUUGCUAGAGGAACUUCUCACAGGUGUUUGUGUGAGUCACAGAUGUUGAUUUAAAUACACAUGCAAAUGUUUUUACAAUCAAUAAUUCAAACAUUU